AUGAAGAUUCCCAAUCGCCACCUACUCCUAGUAUUUUUGUCCUUGAUAGCCUCCGGUGCUUCCUUAGAAGACUUGCCACGAGUUACCAGGGAUUUUCUUUCUCGUUGGACUGGUACCACUGGCGGCGGCGUUACCACCCCACAAGACAUGGAUGGCAUAGAUUUGCAGGCAAAUUCUCUCACACUUCAAGGGACAGCUAAGGAGGUCGAUUUCAGCUCGAAUCUUACCAGUAGCCCUUACGGAGCUCGACAGAGAGGUGAUUUGCCAAGCUUCAGUCCCCCGUUGCCCCCAGCUGAAUGUAAGGGGAAAGAUUCAUUCCCUGGUUAUCUUAUUGGGGAGGUUCCAAGGGGAUCGAGGCUUGUGCCUUCUGAAGCGCACAUCCCGAAUCGCAGCCACUAG